CACUGAAGGCGCGUUUUGUAAUUCAUAGCACUCCCACAACUUGCAAGUCAGGUGCGCUGGGGUAUGAUGGUGUGUCCUGGAGGACUUCAGUUGAUAGCCAGUGAUGAUCAGUGUGACAUUAUCGACCCGAAUUGCCUGCCGGGAAACGGCUCCUGUAAAACGGAUGACUUGUGUCAGGACGAGGAUGCAAAUACAUAUAUCAAUGGAAGCACCUGGUCUAUUGGUGACUGCAUCGACUGUUACUGUCACAAUGGCGUUAUCUCGUGUUCUAAAACGCUGUCAGUCAUUAUAUCCAAUGACGAAAACACUGAGCGCUGUAGUCAACCGGAUUGUAACGUAGCGGCGUUCUUGAAAGCAAAGAAAGGAAUCUGUAAAGUUUGCAUAUGGAGGAACCAAACCCAUCUGGAAGGCUACCGCUGGACAGAGAAUGGAGUUGACUUCUUUUGCAGCUCAGAAAAGCAGAGAGUGAGGCCUGGAUGCUACUUGAAAGCUGGUCACGUGCAAUGUACAGGGGCUUUUACAGGAGUACGAAACUUAUCACUCAUAUCUGAUGAAAGAUUGUACCUCUGUAAGACCGGAGAUGAAAUAAGAUCACUUAACGACAGAUGUGAUCAGAAAGCAGACUGCAGGGACAAGUCUGACGAGAGAGAUUGCGUUCAGUGUAAGUGUAAAUGGCAAUGA